GUCUAGUCUUUCAGUUUUAUUUGGGUGUUUGUUUGAUUGUAACAGUGACUCGCAAACUGCCUAACAAUGUAUGUUAAUUAGGAUAUGAUUGAUCAUUUUCCUUAAUCAACAGUUUUAGACAUGGGAAACCCUGACAGUGAUUCCCAUAAUGAAGAUAAUGAAAACAUUAAAAAUAAAGAUGUAGACAAAGAUUUCCAGCCAAGAGAAGCGUUGAUCAGCAAAGCCGUGUUAUUCCUGACUAAUAAGAAACUGGUCCAGCAAGAUCCACACCAUCUGAGGAUGUUCUUAUUAAAGAAAGGAUUAACAGAAGAUGAAGCCUCAAUGGCAUUCCAGCGAGCAGAAGUCAUAAAAUCCCAAAGUGUGCAGGCUGAGUACUCCCAGUCUCUUGUUCAUCCGCAGCUGCCGCCUCCUCUACUCCCCCCUGCUCCAGUGACAUCGUUUUGGUCAACCGUUCAUAAUAUCAUCACCACAGUCACGUCUAUAGGGGGAAUCUUGUACGCCCUCUACUGGCUUUGGAAAACUUACAUAUCACCUUGGUUAUUUGGCCGUAAGCCAAAGAAGAAGCCAAUAGAAGCUUCACUGUCAGAUCUGGAGGCCGCAGUAGGCAACUGCGUAACUGAUAUACAGAUUAUCCGCACUAGCCUGGAUACUCUGGCGGAACAGAAGGCUGCAGAGUUGACACAGGGAGUCGUCGUGUCACGAAUACAAGAGGUCAAGUCCGAGAUUGGGAGCCUCAAGGCACUGUUGUUGAACAGAAGUCAGUUUCCUGCGACUCCAGCUCCGCUGGGGAUUCCUGCCUGGCAGCUAAGAGGAGAGGAUUCCACCCACAUAGAACCUCGUGAACGGGAGGAAGGAGGCUCGGGAGGUUCUGGGUCGCCCGCCAACACCAACGGCAGUGACAGUAGUCUGGAGAUCGUCAAAGAUCCAAACAACCCGUGAGGAGACAUGAUGUGACAGCACUGUGCUCGUUCCUACCGAUAUACUGGUCUCAGAUCGAAUUUAUCUCAUUGUUUUGUAUAUACUGCAUUCUUGUGUGGAUGACACGAAUAUGAGAGUAAAUGUUAAAUCAUCGUCACUGUA